CAGAAGAGAGAAGCAUCGAGACACCAACAGACUUCUCUUCUCAACCCAACAAAAACCCAACUCCUAACACCAUGGCUUGCUGUGUCCCCUGCUGCUGCAGCGUCCCCACCGGCCCCGCCACCACCAUCUGCUCCUCUGACAAAUGCUGCCGGUGCGGAGUCUGCCUGCCCAGCACCUGCCCCCAUGACAUCAGCCUCCUUCAGCCCAUCUGCUGUGACACCUGCCCCCCACCCUGUUGUGAGCCCGACACCUACGUGCCAACUUGCUGGCUGCUCAAUUCUUGCCACCCAACUCCCGGAAUGAGUGGGAUCAACCUGACAACCUACGUUCAGCCUGGCUGUCAGAAUCCCUGCGAGCCCUGCUAAGCAGCCACGUCUCUGCACAGGUUCGGUGAUGUGCUGCUCGUCACCUGGUCUUCAACACCCGCUACCACCUACAUCAGGCUCAAUCAAUCCCAAGUCCCUGGGCCAUGUUUUCAUGAAUGUCCCCAACUUCUUAAUCCUCUCCUCCUUUGAGUGAAGUUGGAGACCUUCUCCCUGUCUUUUAGGCUAUUUCACUGCUCUUUGAGAAAUAACCAUUUUGACUAUUCCUUAAUAAACUUUAUUCUGGCUUAGCAAA